AGCUACUGUCCAGCGCUUGUGAUGGGAGGAGUUUCUCAAUUUCUAAGGUCUCUUACCUACAAACAAACUUCUUCAAAUUUACCCACACCUGUUCUUCACAUGACAGACACCACAGUCAAGACCGAAUCUGCGAACGGAAAACCGGAAGUCUCUAUCGACAUGGGCACCACUGCUCUCGAGUGGAAUGGGCCUGACGACCCAGAUAAUCCGGUCAACUGGCCUAAGUGGCAGAGAUACUGGCACAUCGUUCCGCCCGCCAUCAUUUCGUUCACGGCGACCUUAGGAUCUUCGAUUUAUACACCUGCAUAUCCUAUUAUCCAGGAAGAAUUCAAGCAGAGUUCAACGGUAGCGCUUCUGCCUUUUGCAUUGUACGUUCUAGCUUUGGGUUUCGGGCCCUUGAUCGCUGCGCCGCUUUCAGAAACCUACGGGAGAUAUAUCGUGUACACUGUCAGUACGCCAAUUGCAGCUGUAUUCACUGUUGGCGCUGGGUUCUCGCAAAACAUUCACUCUCUUUGCGUUCUGAGAUUUCUCGCAGGAAUGGCCUUUAGCCCUUCACUGGCUAUUGGAACAGGAAGCGUUGGUGAUCUAACGGUUCCUGAAAAACGUGCUGUUCCAUCGGCGCUAUAUAUAAUGAGUCCAUUCUUGGGUCCAGCAUUUGGGCCCGUUAUUGGCUCGAUUGUGACGGUUAAGAUGUCCUGGCGCUGGACGCAAUGGACUCUAGUGUUUUUUGCCAUUCUUUCAAUGGCAGUGACUCUCUUGUCCCAGGAGACAUACAAACCGAUCAUUCUGUCUCGAAGGGCGAAGCGGCAAAAGAUCUCACUUCCUUCUGGACCUUCCCCCUUGGCAAAGCUCAGCCUUUUCCUGACCAUUACACUUAUCCGUCCACUACACAUGCUUAUCACCGAGCCAAUUGUGGCCUUAUUCAGUCUUUACACCGGUUUCAACUUCUCUAUCAUAUUUGGAUUCAUGGCGGCCUACCCUUACGUCUUCCGAACUGUGUAUGACUUCGACACAAUUCCAUCAGGAUUGAUUUUCCUCGCUAUCGGGUUCGGCGGAUCUUUGGCAGUGCCGACUGUCCUGCUUUGUGAUCGCUUCCUUUACCAGCCACGUGUCCGUGAGUCCAAAGCUGCUGGUAGAAGCCGAGCAGUUGCUCCAGAAUAUCGUCUGUAUCCCUCAAUGAUUGGUUGUUUUGGCCUGCCUUUAGCGCUAUUCUGGUUCGCAUGGACUGCUCGUCCGUCGGUUUCCUGGUGGUGUCCUGUUGUUGCUUCAAUACCUUUUGCUUGGGGGAACUCGACAAUCUUCAUCUCUGCGACUGCGUACUUGCUUGAUACCUAUCAAUCUCUCUAUGGAGCCAGCGCAAUGGCGGCUAAUGCUCUUGUACGGUACACAAUGGGGGCUGCUCUGCCACUUUUUACCUUGCAAAUGUACAAGGGCAUGGGGAUCGACUGGGCUACCAGCCUACUGGGGUUCGUUUCUGUUGUUUGCAUUCCGAUACCUUGGAUUCUUUUCUUUUACGGCCACAAAAUCAGAUCGAGAAGCGGAUAUGAGACAGCGAAGUCAUCUGUAUAACAGUAGAGUUUGUAAAUUAGGCAAUAGUUGUUUGGGUUUUCGUGCGUCUGAUAUUCAAGAUAUUCUUCUA